AGAUUCUGGUGACGUAAAAUCGUUCUGGCGGGUACUAGUGGCGCGUUGAUCACUUUCAUAACAACAGGCUGUCCGCGGUAGCAGCUGAGAAGCCGAAGACCUCGACUAUGCACGUGAUCAAGCGAGAUGGACGCCAGGAGCGUGUCAUGUUUGACAAAAUCACAUCACGCAUCCAGAAACUUUGCUAUGGACUCAACUCUGACUUUGUUGAUCCUACUCAGAUCACCAUGAAGGUGAUUCAGGGCCUUUACAAUGGCGUCACCACAGUAGAGCUGGACACCCUGGCUGCUGAGAUCGCUGCCACCCUCACUACCAAACACCCUGACUAUGCUAUCCUGGCAGCCCGCAUCGCUGUCUCCAACCUGCACAAAGAGACUAAGAAAGUCUUCAGUGAGGUAAUGGAGGACCUCUAUAACUAUGUGAAACCCCUGAACGGUCGACACUCGCCUAUGAUUUCCAAGGAAACCCUUGACAUUGUCUUAGCCAACAAAGAUCGUCUCAACUCAGCCAUCAUUUUUGACCGGGAUUUCUCUUACAACUUCUUUGGCUUCAAGACAUUGGAGCGCUCAUAUCUGCUUAAGAUUGAUGGAAAAGUUGCCGAGCGGCCUCAGCACAUGCUUAUGAGAGUGUCUGUGGGGAUCCAUAAGGAGGAUAUCACUGCAGCCAUUGAAACCUACAACCUGUUGUCUGAGAAGUGGUUUACCCAUGCCUCUCCUACACUCUUCAACGCAGGCACCAACCGACCACAACUCUCUAGCUGCUUCCUGCUUGCAAUGAAAGAUGACAGUAUUGAGGGGAUCUAUGACACAUUGAAGCAGUGUGCCCUCAUUUCCAAGUCUGCCGGUGGUAUUGGUGUGGCAGUGAGCUGCAUCAGAGCUACAGGCAGCUACAUUGCAGGGACAAACGGCAACUCAAAUGGACUAGUUCCUAUGCUCCGCGUCUACAACAACACAGCACGUUAUGUGGACCAAGGAGGAAAUAAGAGACCAGGAGCUUUUGCCAUGUACCUGGAGCCCUGGCACUUUGACAUCUUUGACUUUUUAGAGCUUAAAAAGAACACUGGUAAAGAGGAACAGAGAGCUAGAGAUCUUUUUUAUGCCCUUUGGAUCCCUGAUCUGUUCAUGAAGAGAGUGGAGACCAAUGCGGACUGGUCUUUGAUGUGUCCUAGUGACUGCCCUGGUCUGGAUGAGUGCUGGGGAGAGGAGUUUGAGAAGCUCUACACAAAAUAUGAGCAGGAAGGCAAAGCUAAGCGUGUGGUGAAAGCUCAGCAGCUGUGGUAUGCAAUCAUUGAGUCUCAGACAGAGACUGGCACACCGUACAUGCUUUACAAGGACGCCUGCAACCGCAAGAGCAACCAGCAGAACCUGGGCACCAUCAAGUGCAGUAACCUGUGCACAGAGAUUGUGGAGUACACCAGCAAAAAUGAGGUGGCUGUUUGCAACCUGGCAUCCAUUGCUCUUAACAUGUACAUCACCCCCGAGCGAACCUUUGAUUUCCAAAAGUUGGCCUCUGUUACAAAGGUCAUUGUGAAGAACUUGAACAAAAUCAUUGACAUUAACUACUACCCAGUGCAAGAGGCCGAGAACUCCAACAAGCGUCACAGGCCCAUUGGUAUUGGCGUACAGGGUCUGGCCGAUGCCUUCAUUCUCAUGCGCUUCCCCUUCGAGAGCACAGAAGCUCAACUCCUCAACAUUCAGAUCUUUGAGACCAUCUACUACGCUGCCCUGGAGUCCAGCUGUGAGCUGGCUGCAGAGUGUGGGCCGUAUGAAACCUACGCUGGAUCUCCUGUCAGCAAGGGCAUCUUGCAGUAUGAUAUGUGGGAAAGGACACCAACAGACCUUUGGAACUGGAAUGCACUCAAGGAGAAAAUCGCAAAACAUGGAGUACGCAACAGUCUGCUUCUGGCUCCCAUGCCCACUGCCUCCACAGCUCAGAUCCUGGGCAACAACGAGUCAAUCGAGCCUUACACUAGCAACAUCUACACACGCAGAGUUCUGUCUGGAGAGUUUCAGAUUGUGAAUCCACAUCUUCUCAAAGAUCUCACAGAACGAGGACUUUGGAAUGAAGAAAUGAAGAACCAGCUAAUUGCUCAAAACGGAUCAAUCCAGAGCAUUCCCACAAUCCCAGAUGACCUGAAGGAGUUGUACAAGACCGUGUGGGAGAUUUCUCAAAAGACAGUAUUAAAGAUGGCCGCAGACCGAGGAGCCUUCAUUGACCAGAGCCAGUCCCUCAAUAUCCACAUAGCUGAACCCAACUAUGGCAAGCUGACCAGCAUGCACUUCUAUGGCUGGAAGCAGGGUCUUAAAACAGGAAUGUAUUAUCUGAGGACGAAGCCAGCUGCCAACCCUAUUCAAUUCACUCUGAACAAAGAGAAAUUGAAGGAUACACAGAAAAAUGAGUCCAGUGAGGAGGAAACUAAAGAACACAACAAAGCCGCCAUGGUGUGCUCUCUGGAGAACCGUGAUGAGUGUCUGAUGUGUGGUUCAUAAACCAAACCCCUUCCUUGCUCUCAGUGAGGAUCGCUAGAAUUUAACAGUUUGCAUAUUGUACAGUAUUAUAUAUAUAUAUUUUUUAAACUGGCAUGGAGAUUAUAGUAAUAUUCAUAAUUAAUAUUAAUUCAGGUUUUCCAUCUAUAUGCAAUAACAAUCUGAAAGGCUUUUUGUAAAGAACUAUUGUUCCAAAUUUAUUGGGAAAAAAGUUUUAAUUGAAGUCUAACACAAAGAAUAAAGUCAUCACUUGCACACUGUUUAUUGUCCUGUAGACAGAUAUGUAACAUCAGGGAAAUAUAUUUUUGAAGGGGUACUCAUGAUUUUGUUUAACUUUGAUACAAUUAAAGUACUGAAUUGGUCAA